AUGUUUUGCUGUCUACAGAAGGUCGUUCAAGACGUCGAAGAGGAAGCGACAAAGUACCCCUGGAAUCCUCUGCUCAAAAACAUUUCAUUUGUUUCCCUCACCGAUGAGGGUGAGAAUCUGACCAGGCAUCAUUAUUUCAACAUACCCGUAAAUACGUCCCAAUCCGGUGUCUACGUCCCUUCCGAGGUGUACAUAAACGGUGACUUUUUUCUACAUUCUGGCGCGUACACACAGUACACGGGUGUUCCAAAGGACGUCCUAUUUCUGGUAGACACGAGUGGAAGCAUGCACGGUCAGGCAUUACAUUUGGCCAACACUUCCCUGCGGCUUUUAAUUGAAACUCUCAACAAAAAUGACUUCUUUGCUGUAGCCAAGCAUGUCAUUCAAAACGUUUUCCGUUUGACCGCCCAUGACGCUGCAGACUAUGAUGAAGCUAUCGCAUUCGGGAUGAAGUUGAUGAGUACUUUCUCGGCUGAAAGAUCUGUGUCGGCCCACUGCAACAAAAUUCUCGUCCUGAUUAGUGAUUCUGAUAUACAGUAUAACGACACGACCAUCCAAAUCCUCGAACGAUAUCAGGAUUAUCGCAAACUCUCCGCCCAGGCAAUUGAUAUUGACAUAAUGGACAUUGAGGCUUCAAACGUUACAGAGCUCUUAACGGUGCGUAAAAAUCUCAUCGACAACAAAGAGGGUGUCACAAUAUUGGACGACUUCGCUGUUUUUAUGGAUGAAGUUCACGCUCACCGCACUCUUCGAACAUACUCAUACACACCGAUUCCAGAGACAGAGUACAGUAUAUGUCUCGUGACUGCAACAGAUCGCGAUUUCGAUGUUCAAUUCCUAUCACAGAAAGAACAUUUGCACACCACGGCAGAUACCGUUCUGGUUGAUGGCGAAGAUGUAUCUUCACUCUUGCUGCCGGUGAAUGUGGUCCUAUCACCGAUUCUUGCCAACUGCCGUAAACCUAGUUUUUCACGUAUUCUUACAUCACCAACAACGACAACUACAGAGACCACACCGGAGCCGACUACCACGGAAUCGACACCUGUUGAGCCAGCAGAUGCCACAACAUUGUCAUUCCUAGAUGCUCCUUUUGGUCUUCAAGAUGUCGAAGAAUCAACUGAGUUGCUAUCCACAACGGAGACUGAAACAUCUAAUGCGGAGUCUGAUGAGAAACCUUGGUUCCGCAGAAAGCGCAACUGGUUGACUAAUUUCUUCGCGGAUGAUCCAAAAGGUGUAGAACAAAUUAUGAUGAUUCUGCGAUUCAUCCAGGAAUACGAUUUCGGUAACAACUUUUACGAAGGUCACUUUAUGUCGGAUCUUCUCGUUGGUCUGAAUGUUUUACGUGCGUGGGGAUCGUCGCGCAUGUCCAAGUAUGUCGCCGCUCGUUCGGUUUUCUUCACCUCUGGUCUUGGAUUCAUCUAUCCCUCGCAGUACGUUGCCAUUCCCGUAACUUCUGAUGGCGAAGUGGCACUGACGUCGGAUGUGUCAGAAAUGAAGCGCUUAUGGAGGCGCGCGGUCUCAGGGGUCUCAUCUUAUCCACCACCCCUGAGGACCAUGGUGUCCGAUGUCAGCUAUGUGGAGGGAAAUACAGAUGAUUUGACUACUUCAAAAAGUGCAGGUUUGAGCGCGCUACAUAUAAAAAGGGAUUUUAACGAAUCUACUGGAUUGGCUGAAGCAAACGCGAUAACACUCCCAUCAGUGGAUGGUUCGGAGACAACUUCGAGGAUUUUUACCGAUUCAAUACAGUCAGAGAGUAGCAAAAAUGUCGGUUCUACAUUCGAUGGGUCCCAGGAAACGAAUGCACUAAUGACAGAAAACACAUCUACUUUAUUUUCGACGGAGAAGUCCCAAGGUCUCACCGCAGAAUUUCAAGCAGCUGCACACACUACACCUGAGCCGCAACUUGUCCCUUUGCCAAAAGUAACGGUGUUUCUAGGUGCUCAGGCAUCACAAAAUGGACUUACAAACACAUUUGCAGUGGCGGGCCUCACUUUGGGCGGAACCUACUUGCAGGAAGUUUUGAGGCGUUUUUCGCGUUGCAACCACGAGCACACUUGCUACCUACUUGAUGAUGCAGCUUUCGUCAUGGCUGUAAAUAACGAACGAUUGAAUUAUCAGGUUGGACACUUUCUUGGACAUGUUGACCCGCCGCUGAUGGAAUCUCUUCUGGAAAAUUCAGUUUACAGCAGAGUGAAGUAUUACGAUUAUCAAGCCGUCUGCGAUUUUGCUCAUCUCGGUAAGAAGAACUCAACUUCGCCCGCAACUCAUUUGCUACCUGAAGUUGACUACGUAAAUUGUGUAAAAUCUACCUAUCGUUAUUACGCUACUGACGGAGCUAACUUCAGAAAGGAGCCUCUCAACUCAGUGGAGGUCACCGGAAGCUUCACUUGCUCGCCUGAGUGUACCCGCCAGUGGUCGUCGUCAUCCAUACCCGAAACUAAUCUCAAACUCAUCAAGACCGACCCCGUAUGUGCGUGCAUUAAAAAGGAUCAUGAUUGGCAGCUCGCUCCAUCUAUAGCUGAAGACGUCUCAAUUUGCCAGCCAGCCCAGAAUCCGCGAUAUCGACGUCCCGUCACGGCAUGUAUGACGUAA